AUGGUAUCUUAUCCAAAGAAAACAUCAGCAGAAUGGUUUAUUGACCAAUUAAACGUAAAAAAUGCGAAGUUAGUGGCUUUCCUACUUGUUCUUGGCUUUAUAGGAUAUCAUGGCAUAUUGCAUUUAAGAUAUGGACCUGAUUCAUGUACCUGGUUGUUAACGUCUGGGCGAUAUAAAGGUGAUCAUGAGUGGCAGCCCUAUGGAUGUAUGUUACAUAAAUACUCUAAAACUGAUGCCAGGCGAUGUCUGCGAUACUUGGCGUUCUGGGGGAAGUAUAACAGCUUCGCUUUCAUAGGCGACUCUAGACUGGAGCAGCUCUAUGAGUAUUUCAUUAGCGUGCUGAAGACCAGGCUCGACCUGGACACCUCCUACUCGACGGUGGACCAUCGUCUCCCUAACUACACCUACGUGGACAGCAAGCUGAAACUCUCCGUCACGUUCAUGUGGAGCGACGACGUGUCCAAGACCAUGGUCGACCAGUUCCGCGCGUGGGAGCGCUCGGAUCGGCCGCCGUCCGUGAUAGUGGCCAGCACCGGUCUGCAGUUGGUGAGGAAUCGCAACGUCACCGAGCUGAUGCUCGAGGAGUACAAGAGGAACCUGACGCGAUUGGUGCAGCCGAUAGAUUCGCUCGCGGCGCGCAACACACGAGUGUUGUGGAAGCUUCUGGAGUCAGUGGACGCGUCCGCCAUGGCGGAAGACGAGAAGAUAAGCAACCGAGAUAUAGACGCGUACAACAGCGCCGCAAUGGAGAUCCUGAGGCACAGUGCGGCGCGCGUGUGGGGGGCGGCGCGGCUGGUGGCGGCCGGGGCGGGGGCGGGCGCGGGGGGCGACGGCGGCGAGGGGGGCGCCAGGGGGGCGUCGGGCGAGGGGGCGUCGCGAGGGGGGGCGAGCCGCACCGCCCUCCGCCACUGCGCGCAGAUCCUGCUGAACAUGUUCUGCAACGAUCACAUGAACUUCAACGACGGCUCGUGCUGCGCCCAGCCGGAGCCCUACACGCAGCUGCAGAUGCUCACCUUCGCCCUCUUCUCGCUCUGCGCAGUGGUGGCCGCGCUGCGGGCCGCAUGGUCGUGGUCGCAGAAGCUGCGGCUGCGGGCGGACGGCUACGCGCCGGUGGGGGCGAAGCCGCCGGAGCAGCGGCCCUCGCCCGCGGCCGCCCUGGCGCGCCUCGGCGCCAUCGUCGCCUACUUCUACCUCUGCGACCGGACCAACUUCUUCAUGAAGGAGAACAAGUACUACUCGGAGUGGAGCUUCUGGCUGCCCGUCGGCUACGUGUUCGCGCUGGGGCUCUUUUUCACGGACGACUCGCGCUCGAGCAGGAUCCUGCACAGGAAUCAGACGGACGAGUGGAAGGGCUGGAUGCAGCUGGUCAUCCUCGUCUACCAGGUGACUGGCGCCAGCAAGGUGCUGCCCAUCUACAUGCUAGUGCGCGCCCUGAUCUCCGCCUACCUGUUCCUCACGGGCUACGGCCACUUCUACUACACCUGGAAGACCGGUGACACCGGCCUGGUCAGAUACCUCAGGGUGAUCUUUCGGCUGAACUUCCUCACGGUGGUGCUCUGCCUGACGAUGAACCGGCCCUACCAGUUCUACAGCUUCAUACCCCUGGUCUCCUUCUGGUACACCUUGCUGUUCGUGAUCUUCGCACUGCCGCCGCACUUGGCCCCCUCGUCCGCCCAUACGGUGGAGUCGAGGCCGUACCAGUACCUCUACGUGGCGCUGAAGAUCAUCGGCCUGCUGACCAUCGUCACCGUCCUCUACAUGAGCGAGGUGUUCUUCCAGAAGAUAUUCGUCACCAGGCCGUGGAAGGCGCUGUUCGUGAACUCGGACGACGACAUCCACCAGUGGUGGCUCACCUGGAAGCAGGACAGGUACUCGAUGGCGUUCGGCGCCAUCUUCGCGGCCGGCUACCUGAUGGCGCAGCGGCACGGGCUGCUGGACGACAACCACCGCGGCAACCUGUUCACCCCCGGCGUGUCGCUCAGCGCCGCCCUGGCCGCGUUCAUGGCCAUCGGCGGCUACGUCACGUUCACGUUCCUCUGCAGCGGCGCCGCGGAGUGCGACGAGGUGCACAGCUACGUCGCCUUCCUGCCCAUAGUGGGCUACGUGAUCCUCAGGAACGUGUCCGGCUCGCUGCGGGCGCGCCACUCGGCGCUGUUCGCGUGGUUCGGCGGCGUCACGCUCGAGCUGUUCGCGAGCCAGUCGCACAUCUGGCUGGCGGCGGACACGCACGGCGUGCUGGUGCUGGUGCCGGGCGCGCCGGUGCUCAACCUGAUGGCCACCUCGUACGUGUUCGUGUUCGCGGCGCACGAGCUGCGCGACCUGACGGCGGCCGUGCUGCCGCACGCGGUGCCCGACGACUGGCGGCUGGCGCUCAGGAACCUCGCGAUAUUCCUCGCGGUGCUCGUGCCGAUCGGCGUGCACGACGGCAUGUUC